AUGACGACAUCUUCGAAUCGAGACCAUUUCUUUCAGACAUCCGCAUCUUUAGAUGACCAGGAGCGGAAAAAUGCCAAGUCUCAGAAUACAAAUGGAAACCCAAUUCGGCUGCCAGGCAAGAUUUUGGCAGCUCAUUCAGACCCCUGGAACAAUGGCUCAGUAUAUGUUGCCCACAGCAAUGGCACCGUGAGAAGAGUUAUCCUUGCCACAGGCGAAACAGCUAAAUUAUUCACUGGGCCCAUGGCGCCCGUGACAUGCCUUUCUCUGAGCCCCGAUGGGAAGCUUUUGUUUGCUGGAUGCUGGGACAGAACUGUUUGGAGCUGGGAUACGGCGACGGGUCAGCCGCGCCGCAAGUACGAAGGCCAUGCUGACUUUGUCCGAUCAGUCACCAGUGCAAGACUGCGUGGUGAGGAUCUUCUCAUCUCCGGUGGAGCCGAUGCCCAAGUUCUAGUGUUCAAAAUCGCAAGUGGCGAGCGUUUGGAGACCUUCAAGGGUCACACUCGUGGCAUCCAGGACCUAGUUCUGGACCCAGAAUCAGAAGAAACCCAGCCAGUGGUAUUCAGCGCCGGUAGUGACCGUGAAAUUCGCCAAUUCAGUAUCUUCGGUGGGGGUAGUAUUACGGACCCCCUCCUUCCGCAUGAGACCAGCGUAUACAAGCUCUUUUUCGACAAUGAUGGCGACCUAUGGACCGCUUCAGCUGACAAGACUGCCAAAUGCCUGGUUCGAGCGGAUGGCUGGAAGGCCAAUCUUACGCUAGAGCAUCCCGACUUUGUACGUGAUGUUGUAGUCCACGAAACGGGUGGAUGGGUUGUGACCGCUUGUCGGGACGAGGAGGUUAGAGUGUGGAACCGGUCGACUGGAGAACUUUAUCAUACCUUUUCUGGCCACUUUGAGGAGGUCACCGGGCUUGUCCUUGUGGGGUCGACCGUUGUCAGCGUAGGAAUUGACGCGACCAUUCGCCAAUGGUCACUUCGACCUGACGAGCUCCAGAAAGCAGUGGAACUUGCAAAGAAGCCCACAGAAGAUGAGAAGAAGGAGGAGGAUAAACCAGCCGAAUCAAUGCUGACGGCAGAGGAAGAGGCAGAGUUGGCAGAGCUAAUGGGGGAUGAUUAG